AUUUUGGGACCGAAAGAGUAAUAAUAAAAUAUCUUGCUCCCGUGUGGCGUGGCACUCUAGCACAAUCAAUUGAAAACCCUUUUAUAUCACAGCAACGACAUAAUUCAAUCACAAGACCAAAAAAAUGGAGGAGUUUGUGUUUCCAACAGUAACAACAAUAAUCAUCUAUGUUCUUACAAUCAUACUUGCUGUGAUUCCAUGGCAUCUGUUGAACAAGUUAUGGUUGAAACCAAAGAGGUUUGAAAAACUUCUCAUAGCUCAAGGUCUUCAAGGUGACCCAUAUAAACUUUCACUAUUAAUGGAUAACUCAAAGCAAAUUUAUAUGAUGAAGUUGCAACAAGAAGCUAAAUCUAAAUCCAUUGGUCUUUCCAAAGAAUCUGCACCAUCUAUUUUUUCACCUCUUCAUCAAACUGUUCACAAAUAUGGAAGAAAUUCCUUUUUAUGGGCAGGUACAACACCAACUGUUAUCAUCACAGACCCUGAGCAUAUUAAGCAAGUCUUUAACAAGAUUGAGGACUUCCCCAAACCAAAGCUAACAUCCCUUGGCAAGUAUUUGAGCAAUGGUCUUGUAACUUAUGAGGGUGAGAAAUGGGCUAAACAUCGAAAGAUCGUCAAUCCUGCAUUUCACAUAGAAAAAUUGAAAGGUAUGCUGCCUGCAUUUUUUCACAGUUGCAAUGAAAUGAUAAGCAAAUGGAAGGGAUUGUUGUCACCAGAUGGAACAUGUGAGAUUGAUGUUUGGCCUUUCCUUCAGAAUCUUACCUGUGAUGCAAUUUCUAGAACAGCAUUUGGAAGCAGCUAUGAAGAAGGCACAAAAAUAUUUGAACUUUUGAAAAAGCAAGGAAAUCUGGUGAUGACAGCAGGACAUUCGAACAUUCCAUUAUGGCGACUUCUACCAACAACUGCCAAGAUGAAGAUGAAAGAAUUUGAAAGAGAAAUCCAUGAUUUACUCGAGGGAAUCAUUACAAAACGAGAAAAUGCAUUGAAGAAUGGUGAAACCACCAAUGACGAUUUAUUAGGCAUACUUUUGCAAUCAAAUCUUGCCGAAAAACAAGGAAAUGGAAAUAGUAGGAGUAUUGGAAUGACCACACAAGAAGUGAUGGAUGAAUGCAAAUUGUUUUAUCUGGCGGGGCAAGAGACCACCUCAAGUUUGCUGGUUUGGACAAUGGUGUUAUUAGGCAGGUAUCCUGAAUGGCAAGCACGCGCAAGGCAGGAAGUUUUGCAAGUUUUUGAGAACCAAAAUCCAAACUUUGAAGGAUUAAGUCAACUUAAAAUUGUAACCAUGAUUUUGUAUGAGGUACUAAGGUUAUAUCCGCCUGUACUUUACUUCAACCGAGCUCUUCGAAAGGAUUUGAAAGUUGGAAACCUUUUGCUACCCUCUGGAACACAAGUUUCCCUACCAAUAAUUUUGAUUCACCAAGAUAAUGAUAUAUGGGGUGAUGAUGCAAAGGAGUUCAAACCUGAAAGGUUUGCUGAAGGAAUUGCAAAGGCAACAAAAGGCCAAGUUUGUUAUUUCCCUUUUGGAUGGGGUCCUAGAAUUUGUGUUGGACAAAACUUUGCCUUAUUAGAAGCAAAGAUAGCGAUAUCAUUGUUGCUGAUGAAUUUCUCAUUUGAGCUUUCUCCUAAUUAUGCACAUGUUCCUAGCAUGAUGCUUACUUUGAAGCCAAAAAAUGGGGCAAACGUCAUUUUGCAUAAAUUGUAAUUUCAAUUAUAUCUAGCAUAUGGACUUUGUUUGAAUAUAUGGUAUUGUAUAUAUGUUGUGUCAGCAUUGCAGCACCUUAACAAUUUUUAUGUAUUGUUCUCCUUUGAAUAUAAUUGCCUCGUAUAUGCAACAUAACUUUGGUAUUAA